AUGGUAAAAAUCCUGGAAUUGGAAUCAGAGAGAGCUGUGUCUGAAUUCAGUCUCUUUGCCAACUGUUCAGGCCUUGUCGUCUGCCAGCCCAUCAUCCACCAACCAGUUCUAAGUCAGUCAGGCCUUGGCCAACCAGUUCUCAGCCAACCAGACACGAAUCAACUGGGCAUGAACCAAUCAAUCACAAGCCUACCAGACAUUAACCAACCAGGCGUCAGACAACCAGGCAUGAGCCAAUUAAGCAGGAGCCAACCGGACACAAACCAACAGGGCAUGAAGCAACCAGGCAUGUGGCAAUCAGGCCCAUGCCAAAUAAGCACAAGGCAACCUGGCACGUGGCAACAAGGCCGAAGCCAAUCAAUCAUGACUCAGCCAGGAACGAGGCAAGCAGGCAUGAGACAAUCAGACCUGAGCCAAUCAAGCAUGAGCCUACCAAGCCUGAGGCCCAGCAUGAGCCUACCAAGCCUGAGGCAACCAAGCCUGAGCCAAUCAGGCACAAGUCAACCAGGCCCAAGCCUAUCAGGCAUAAGCCAAACAGGCAGGAGCCAACCAGGUAUGUGGCAACCAGGCCCUAGCCAACCACAUCUCAGCCAACCAGACAUGAGGCAACCGGGCAUGAGGCAACCAAGAGGGAGCCAAUCAGGUGUCAGGCAAUCAAGCUUGAUUUCUUUCCGAGUAAGACCUGCGGAGGCUCAAGACUGCCUGGAAAUCCUGCGUCUAAUUAAAGAAUUGGCUGCCUGUGAAAACAUGGUAGAUGCAGUGAAGUUAACAGCAAAGGAUUUACUCAGGGAUGGCUUUGGAGAAAAUCCCCUUUUCUACUGCCUGAUCGCAGAAGUACACACUCAUCAAAAACCAACAAGUAAAGUGACUGUUGGAUUUGCCAUGUACUACUUUACAUACGACCCCUGGAUUGGCAGGUUACUUUACCUAGAGGACUUUUAUGUCAUACAAGCUUACCGAGGUCUAGGUAUUGGAGCUGAAAUGCUGAAGAGGCUAAGUCAGAUAGCCAUCAGAAGCCAAUGUAGCUGCAUGCACUUUCUUGUCGUCAUUUGGAACCAGGCUUCUAUUGACUACUACACUCGUCGAGGGGCUUUAGACCUUUCCUCCGAGAAGGGCUGGCAUCUGUUCAGGUUUAACAGGGGAGAACUCAUGGACAUGGCAGGGGAAGAGUGA